GCACUGAUACUGAUAUUUUGGAAACGUAGCUGUAAUAUCUGCCACCAAUGUUACACGAAGAAACCAUAUCUGAAAGAAAUGUGCUCCCCCCUAUGCGAAGUGUAUCUCUACAAUCUAGACGGUCAAACAUGACCUAAUGACCAGCGUGAGCCAGAUCAAAUUAUACGACGACGGCGAAGAGGUUGAUCACAGUUUCAGAAAAAUUGCACAGGGAUACCGGCGACAAUACAUCGAUUGUUCAACGAGCGCUCAGAAAUUAUGCCACGUGGAUGUUGCCGACAUUCAAACGGAUCAUUAUCCGAUAGCGACAGCAGAGAAUCAGACUCUUCAAGAAAUGAAAGAGAUAAACGUGCAAACAUUGAGCAAGUGUGAGCUAUGCCAUCAACAGAUACAAUUUUCCGCAAGUUCCUCAGCUUUGAUCAAGAAUCAAUUUCAAUGCGCAACUUGUCCCGCGUUUAUACAGCUUUUUAAAGGAAUGUCUUGUUCAAAAUGUGCUACAGGUAUGAUGCAGAUGUCACGACAGAACCGGCAACAGCAGACACAGCAAGCGAAAUUGGACAAGGAAAUGAUGAAGGGAAGGAAUCCACAAUUUAUGAAGAGAAAGAUUUCCGGCGAAAUGUUGACGAGUGGCCAGCAACAAGAUUCGAAAGUAGGGGGUUGCUCAUCAAUGAUCACCAAACUCACUGUCGCUUCAUAUUGUGUCCCGCCGGAAAAAACUCACAUAUCGAGUCAAACUGCAUCGAAAACAAAGAACAACGAAGAGAGAUCGAAGAAGCUGAUCACGUUGAACAGAAACAACAAGAAGAGAAUAAAAAUAAAAGGAGCGAGGACUUCCCCGUCGAGCAAGACCUCCCAACAAAGCUCUCGUUCUCAGAUAAUCGAAAAUGGAAAUAAGGUGAUAGAGAUAGGAUCCGGAAAUUCGAUAUCUAUCGUAGUGACACCGGGCAACGAUUCGAGAUCAGUGGAGACCAUGCAUAGGAUAGUGAACAUAGGAUGUAAGAACAAUUCCCAUCCAUCCUCCCACCCCAAUCAAAUGGAGAUUGUGGAACGGUUGCACGAGAUGGAAGAUGGGAAUAAGAGGGGAACGUUGCAAUUUACCGCCGGGACGACGCCGAAUAAAAGAGCACCGAUCGAGAAACAAAUACAGAUCACGAGCCAGUGUCAAGGUACGUGCGACGCGAUGCAUUUGGAACUGGCCACGAUUAAUUCAGAAACGGGAACGGCAAAGAAUCCGAGAAACCAGGGGAAGAAUCCUGCAAUGAGACAGUCGCGGAUCAGAAAAGAAAAACUAGAGAAAUUGCAGCAAACUGAAUUGAUAAAUAGACGUGAGAACGAAGCGCAGACCGUAGAUGAUUUCGAAACAUUACCGAGAGGUAAAAGAACUUACGCGAAAGCUCUCCGAAAAAACAAAGUUAAACCCGCAGAUGCAUCAGUUAGCGAUAUAAGUAUCACGCUUGUGCCAGCGUCUAAUCCCCCCUCGACACCUUCCAUCCGUAAAAACAAAAAACUCGGUCUACAGAACAGCGUUUCGUUGCACGAGAAAUACAUUAAUGUUUGCCCAAUUUGUAAAAGGCUGCAGAUACCCAUGAAGGGGCCCCCCUUUCAGUAUUACUCCGUUAAUAAGGAUAAACGAGGACGAUUCUAUUGCGACACUUGUGCACCCCCAGCUUCGAUUAAGGUAUCGUUCAAAAGGACGGAUCAACAACGUUUAAAAUGUUGUCAGUGCGGGAAUUAUUUACGUAUAAAGAACAGUCAGACAACUCGAAACAAAUCUGAUCAUUGUCCACAUUGUGAUUUAUCAUUAUCACGGCAUCAUAUUUCAUCGACAUAAAUUUUUCGAUAAACAUCGACGAGAUAUCAUUAUAUCAUCACACUUAGAUAAUUAAGGAAGAACAAUCCAUGUGUACAUAUAAACGAGAAUUUUAUAUAUAAAUGAUGAUGCGAAAAUAUAACAAACAGUGUAGUAACAAGUAAGUUGAUCUUCGAAAAAUCUGUAUACUUAAUUGUGAUUUUCUUUUAAUAUAAUUUUCAUUAUUCGUAGAUCGGCGCAAAAUGCUCAAUCA